AUGGGGCCUCUCCGCCGCGGCCGCUCCGCUGCGCGCCACGCCGCCGACGCCGAGGACCUGCUCUGCCCGCUCUGCCUCGAACUCCCAGCUUCCGACGUCCACUGCUGCACCAACGGCCACAACUUCUGCGCCGACUGCCUCGGCCAGCACCGCGAGAGUGGCUACGCGGGGAGCGCCAAGUGCCCCUCCUGCCGCGUGGCGCUCGGCGACGGCACGCCUCUCCGCAACCGCGACGCGGAGAGGCGCAUAGCCCUGCUGCCGGGCGCAUGCGACGGUUGCGGGCUCGGCAUGCUGCGCAAGGACCUGGCGGCGCACACGGCGGCGUGCCCUGAUGUGCGCGUGGAGUGCCCCUUCCCGGGCUGCAAGUGGGAGGGCGCGCGGCGCGACCUCGCCGCGCACACCGAGGCGUCGCGCGAGGUGCACCUGUCGAUCGCGCUCGGCCAGCAGAAGCGGCUGCUCGCGGCAGAGCGGAUCCUCGCGUCUGUGAGUGUCGAUGUGGUGGUGGAGCUGUUCCCGGCGAGCGCCGCGGAGGAGGACUGGCAGGGCUCCGUCCACGGCUGCGCCGUCCACCGCAAGCACAUCGGCUGCUCCCUCAUGCAGCCCGUCGUCGCGCAGCCUGGCUUUGCGCGCUUCUGCGCAGAGCACGAGGCGAGCCCGCCCCUGCCGUUGGCGCCCGGCAGCAGGGCUAUGCGCCUCUCCGCGUCGCGGUUGCGGAGAGGCGUGCCGUCGCCGAGCGCCACGCGGCAGGAGGGGCACUUGGCGCUCCCCGCGUAG